AUGACAACUUUGAGCAUGCAAAAUGUCAGUUCUGCUAAUGAAUUGAGAAACGAAAGUGAUAAUACAAUGCAAUGGCAAACUGUGACUAAUAAAAGACCUCAAUCAGGCUCUCCCACUAUUGAUCAAAAACGGACAAAAACAAACAACUAUACAAACUUAGCGGAUAGCUAUAACUCUAUUCCAACAACUCAACUCAACAACAAUAACAUCAGCAGCAAUUCCAACAGCACGAACAUGUUUGCCGGGCUACAAGACGAAUCGGAUAGCAAUAACAUAAUGGAUCAAAACAUAGAAGAGAAUACACCAAAACCACCACCAAUUAUUGUGCCAAAUAUUAGUGAUAUUAGCGCACAGAAAACCGUUUCAACGACUCACGGUACUCGUUUCGGCUGCGUCACGCACACAAUACAAACGCUAAUCAACGACAGACGGAAUCGCGCAACACAACCCGCUCAGCCAACAAAACACGGCAUAUCAAGUCUGACUCAAGCUGAGAUUGAAAAAUUUGCCAACCUUGAUUGGGAUGAUUCGGCUGACGAGGAAAGUGAAGAAGAAGAAGAUCGAAAUAUGGACGAAAUUAUAGAAGAAUCUUUGAAAAAUUUGGAUAACAGAGCUGAAAAUGUGGAAGUUGGUUUGAUUUAA